UUCGUCACAAGCACGUCGACUUCAUACCAUCCCACGGAUCUGAUUCCUCUUCCCCCUCCGUUACCCCCCUGUUACCCCUCACACCUCCUCCCUCCCUCCCUCCCUCCUCAGCUCGGUGCUCGGUUCCUGUGUGCAGCAUGGACGGCAUACAGUUAAGGGAUUUAUUCACCGUCGCUCAGUUUAUUAAAGCCAGAUGUGAUCACGGCCUAAAAGCUGGAGAAGUGCAAAAGGUCAAAAACUAUGUUUUUUUCGAGGUGGAGGUUCUGGACCCCAAAACCAGGACACAGCUCUGCUACCUGGACAAGGUGGAACCGAGCGCCACCAUCGCAGAGAUCAAGAUCCAGCUGCACAAACUAUAUCCGCGGUGGUAUCCAGCGAGACAGGCUCUGAAACUCCAUCCUGAGGGAAAAGCCCUGAGAGAUGAAGACGUUCUGGAGGAUCUGCCCGUGGGGACGACGGCCACCAUGUUCCUGCAGGACCUCGGGCCUCAGCUAGGCUGGACCAUGGUCUUUCUGUCAGAGAGCAUCGGGCCACUUUUUAUUUAUCUGCUGUUUUACUGUCGGUUGCCGUUUAUCUACAGUCACGAGUACGAUUACACACGAAGUUCUCACACCGCCGUCAGAUUGGCGUGUGUGUGUCACACUCUGCACUAUAUAAAGCGAUUAGUGGAGACGAUAUUCAUCCACCGGUUUUCACACGGGACUCUGCCGCUUCACACCAUAGCGCUGAACUGUUUAUAUUACUGGGGGUUUGCAGCGUGGUUAGCGUACUACAUCAACCAUCCUCUCUACACCGCGCCCAUGUACGGAAAAAUUCAGAUCUACACGGCGCUCCUGACGUUCCUGAUCUGUGAGUCUGGAAACAUCUCCAUUCACCUCGCCCUCAAUCACCUCAGCUGUAACGGAUCGAGGCCAAUGCAGAUUCCAUACCCGAGUAAAAAUCCCUUCACCUGGUUGUUUUUCUUUGUCUCCUGCCCAAACUACACAUACGAGGUGGGUUCCUGGAUCAGCCUCUCAGUGAUGACGCAGUGUGUUCCAGUGGCUGUGUUCACGCUGAUCGGGUUUGUACAGAUGACCAUCUGGGCUCGAGACAAACACAGAACCUACAGGCAGGAGUUCCCCGAGUACCCCGAGCUCAGGAGCGCCAUCAUUCCACUCUUCCUCUAGUGAUUUGGGACACAGCGCACAAACAACCCUUUUAUAGCCUUGUUUAAUUUACACACACACACACACACACACACACACACACACACAUGCAGGACAGAGAGAAACAUUUAGCAGUGAAAUCUGAUUCUGCGCUAAAAGCGUGAAAUUCUGUAAAAAGCUCCGUCCUGAAUUCCCUCAUGAGUGUCUCAGUGAGAGAGAAACGAGAGACAAGAGACGAGAGCAUUUGGGACGCGACCUGACGUCACUGUGAUCGAAACUUUAAACCACCAAAAGAUGAAUGUUUACUAGAAUUUCUCUAUUUAUUGUAAUAAAAUUCAAUAUAAAUAUUUUUUUUUAAAUCUGAAUCCUGUAAACAGCUGCUCGAUCUGUAACAGCUGGAAAAUAAAAAGAUUAAAAGUUUCUGAGAGUUCGUUUUUUUUUCCAUUACAGGUGUGUGUUGUGUUCAGGAGAAGAAUUUACACAUUUCAUUAAUUAUAAUCAGGAAGUAAAAAUGUGAAAAUAAAUAUUUUAUAUAUAUUAAAACUCCUUGAAAAAAUAUAUAUUAAUAAGAGCUUUAUUCUGGCUUAAUAGCUGCAGCAAUUAUGUGUGUCUGUGUGUGUGUGUGUGUGUGUGUGUGUGUGUGUGUGUGUGUGUGUGUGUGUGUGUGUG